AACAAAUUUCAAAUUGCUCCCCCCAAAAGUAAAUUCCUCUACAGCUUUUCUGCUUCCACAUUACAUUCACUGGCAGAUUACAGAGAACCACUCAUUCUCUCGACGGAGUGAGAGUAGUGAUCGGCACAGAAUACUCAACGGAGAAGAGGAGCAAAAUAUGUCCUCAAAGUCCCAGCCUUUCUCUUCCACCAGAUUCAACUCAAUGAUUGCCGCCGCCGCCGACGACGAUGACUUUCAGAUCCCACUCACCCAAACAGCCACAGCUCCCAAGCCUUCCAAAAAGCAGAAGCGCUCCAAACCCAUCUAUCGCGGCAAGGAGAACAUUCCCCCCAAUUGUUUCGGCAGCAAAGACUCGACUUUGGAGCAGACCCAGGGUUUCAAAUCCUCGAUUUUCGAGGACUGCAGCUUGGAUUCGAUACCCACAAGCUUCGAUUGCGGGACCCUCGACGGUGGCGGUCUCGCUUCUUCUUCUGCGUGCGUUGACGAGGAAAAGGAAAACGAAAAGGGGUUGAAAUCAAAAGGGGGAUAUCUGUGCAAUUCAAUCGAAUCUAGGUUAAUCAAGCCUCGACCCGAUUGGGAUUUCGGUUCGGGUGAUGGCGAAAGCCAGGAUUUUGAGGAGCUCGAUGUGCUGCUGAAGCUGUGCGAUCGAGCAGGAGGAGGAGAGAGUGUUGGCGUCAAUGGAAUGGAGGAAGGGUUUGGAAUUGUGGAGGACGAAAAUGGGGGUUUGGUGCUGUGUCCUCUGUGUGGGGCUGACAUUUCGGAUUUGAGCGACGAAGAGAGGCAGGUCCAUAGCAAUGAGUGUCUUGACGAAGAGGAAGUUCAAGCUCAAGACGCUCCGUGUCCUGAUGAGGAAAGGGGGCAUCAAAAUUCCAGGCAAGUUCUUGAGUGGCUGCGCAGCCUGGGAUUAGAGAAGUACAAGGAUGCUUUUGUUCGAGAAGAGAUUGAUUGGGACACUCUACAAUGGCUCACAGAAGAGGAUUUGGUUAGCAUAGGCAUUACUGCACUUGGUCCGCGGAAGAAGAUUGUGCAUGCCCUUGCUCAACUUAGAGAAGGUGCCACUACUACUACUAGUAGUUCAACUGAAGCACAACCAAGAAAAAGGAGAGCCAAUGGAGUCGAUAUGCCCAAUGAUACUUCAGAAGCACCAGUUAAUGAUGUUAGUAAAACAGCUGCAAACAAAUUGAUCACAGAUUACUUCCCGGGAUUUGGAACUGCUAGGAAGCAAGUUUGCACCACCUCUAGAGAACAGCGAAGGGUAGAAAAAGCGGUGCCACGUUCUGGUCAGAAACGUGGUGUGGAAAACAAUAAUGCCACAAAUCGGAAACUCAGGGAUAUUCCCUCGUGGUGUUGCAUACCAGGAACACCAUUUCGAGUGGACGCUUUCAAAUAUCUUAGACGGGAUUGUUCGCAUUGGUUUCUAACUCACUUUCAUAUGGAUCAUUAUCAAGGUCUAACGAAGUCCUUCUGUCACGGAAAGAUUUAUUGCUCCUCCAUCACAGCUAAGCUUGUAAAUAUGAAGAUUGGCAUUCCAUGGGACAGUAUACAGGUUGUACCCGUCAACCAUAAGAUGAAUAUUUCUGGUAUUAAUGUGACCUGCUUGGAUGCAAACCACUGUCCUGGUUCGAUAAUUAUACUUUUUGAACCACCCGACGGUAAGGCUGUUCUGCAUACAGGGGACUUUCGCUAUAGCAACAGCGCAGCAAGCAUGUCUUUUUUGCAAACAUGUUCUAUCCAUACUCUCAUCCUUGAUACCACUUAUUGUAAUCCACAGUAUGAUUUUCCAAAGCAGGAGGCUGUAAUACAGUUCGUCAUUGAUGCCAUUCAAGCUGAAACUUUCAACCCUAAAACUCUAUUUCUGAUCGGCAGCUACACUAUUGGAAAGGAACGACUUUUUUUGGAGGUUGCUCGUGUGCUCCGGAAAAAGAUUUAUGUUAAUGCAGGAAAGCUGCAUACUUUAAAAUGCUUGGAUUUUCCUGAAGAAGAUAUGCAGUGGUUUACAUUAAACGAACAGGAAAGCCAUAUCCAUGUGGUCCCUAUGUGGACACUUGCAAGCUUCAAGCGACUGAAGCAUAUUUCCAAUCAAUACUCGAGUCGAUUCAGCCUUAUCGUUGCUUUCUCUCCAACUGGUUGGACUUUUGGUAAAGGAAAGAAGAAGUCCCCGGGAAGAAGAUCACAGCAGGGUACCAUUAUAAGGUAUGAGGUGCCAUACAGCGAGCAUUCCAGCUUUACAGAACUCAGAGAGUUUGUGAAGCUUGUUUCUCCAGUGGAAAUAAUACCUAGUGUGAAUAAUCACGGACCAGAUUCUGCCAAGGCCAUGGUUUCUCUGUUGUCAUCUUAAAUUUUUAUUUAUUUUAUUUCCCACUAACUUUACAACUUUUGUAAUUUUACCCUCAAUAAUGAUGGAUAACGUGAUUUGUAUUA